AUGCUGCUUUACAGUCGCUCGUUUGUGAAUACCGAUAGGCCUGGUUCGUCUUAUAGCGGCGUCGGCAGCGGCAGCUGGGAGAAAGGUGUAUGGGACUACAAGGCGCUGCCCCAGGCUGGGGCAAGUGUCAGCUACCUCGACCAACCCAUGGCUAGCUACAGCUACGAUACAUCGCAAAUAAUGAUAAUAACCUAUGAUACACCCCAGGUUGCGCAGAAGAAGGCGGAGUAUAUUAUGUCAAGGGGCCUGGGCGGCGGAAUGUGGUGGGAGAGCAGCAGUGACAAGAAAGUCUCUGGUAGCUUGAUCACGACAGUUGUUAAUAACUUCGGUGGCGUUGGGGCUCUCGAGAAAGUCGAUAACGAGCUGAGAUACCCAUCUUCCUCUUAUGAUAACCUAAAGGCUGGAUUCCCUUCCAGUUAA